CACCAGAGUGUUACUUCACAUCUGAAGAUGGCACAACUGUGCAUUUUUCUCUUAACUCUGAACACAAUAACUUCGGCGCACGUUGUGGAUUUUUCCAGACCGUCCUUUAUUUCAUUUCGCUCAGUGAAGUCUGGAGAACGUGUUAGUCUUAACUGUCCUUUGAAAGACAUUAACAGGCCUAAAAGUGUGGUCUGGUACAAGCAAAUCUUUGGAGAAAUGCCUCAAAAAGUGGGUGAAAAAUUAAUGUAUAAGACGUUAAAAAUUUACUCCAGUUUCAACACAUCAGGAUUUACAAUGGAGACGACUGAAAACAAAUAUUUUUUGAUUAUUCCACUUACGAAUAAAGAUCAUGGAGGACUUUAUUACUGUGAAGCCAUUUCCACAUACGAGGCUACAUUAUCCAAUGGAACGUUCUUGACUGUAAAAGGAGAUGAAGAUGAAAAAGUGACAGUGUUCCAGAGCAGUGUAUCAGACUCAGUUCCUGUAGGAGCAUCAGUGACUCUGCAGUGUUCGGUUCUCUCUGAGAGCAGAGCAGCAGAACUCCAAGUGCUCUGGUUCAGAGCUGCUCCAUCACAAUCCCAUCCUCAACUCAUUUACACUCAUCACAACAGCAGCCUUCAGUGUGAGAGCAAAUCUUCUACACACACCUGUGUGUACAACUUGUCCAAGAACAUCUUCAGCCUCAAUGAUACUGGUACUUACUACUGCGCUGUGGCCCUGUGUGGGAAGAUCAUUUUCGGGAACGGGACACGAGUACAGCUGGAGAAUCUUUCACAAAUUGGUCCUGAAGUGAUCUACCUCACAGUAGUGGUGGUGGUUUGUAUGAUUGUGAUCUUCACUCAAGCUUUUCUUCUCUGUAAAAUGAGGAACGGCGAAAAAUCCAGAGUGAGAUGUCAAACAGACUCUGUUAAUGAAAGAACAACUGGUCAGGGUGGUGUUUCAGUGGAGCUGAAUUACGCUGCUAUACAUUAUAACAAGAACAACACCAAACGAGUGACACGAAAGAGAGACAGACCUGAAGAUUGUGUUUAUUCUGAAGUGUUACAUGCUACAUAGAUCAUA